AUGGAGGUAACAGUGAUCGACUCUGGCGACUUGCCCCCAGGUGCCAUCAUCUCUUUCCACACGGGCACCACCCGCCGGCAUGCGCAGAUCGAGACAGGAAAGGCCAUCGGGGUCACAGGUAUCGGUACAGAGCCUGUGCGAGUGGACCUGAUGACGCAGAUUGGGAGCUACAGCUUCGAUGUGGCGCCAGGCCAAGACGUGUACGAAGUACCGAUCGCCGCCGCCCCGAAUUUGGGAGUGCAUGAGGAGGUGAAGCUCAAGUUUCAGAUCCGCGAGACUUCGGAGGCGCCAAAGGAAGAUGCGGCCGAAGUUGCUGUGGGCGCCACCAGCACGCCCUCCCGGAAGCUGCAGACAGCUUUGAUGAUGCGCACGUAUUUGGACAACCACGACGUCUUACGGCAGAUGCAGGAACUGUUGCAGGACAUGGUCGCCAGCAGACCGGAAGACCCGGUGGACUUCAUGAUCAAGUAUGGUGUAGAGGGCGACUACAACGUGAUGGUCAUUGACCUGCUGGGGCCGUCGCUCGAAGACCUGUUCAGCUUCUGCAACCGAAAGUUCAGCCUCAAGACCACACUCAUGCUGGCCGACCAGAUGAUCAACCGGGUGGAGUACAUGCAUGCCAAGAACUUCAUACAUCGGGACAUCAAGCCCGACAACUUCCUGAUUGGCCUGGGGAAGAAGGCCAAUCAGGUGCACAUCAUCGACUUUGGCCUGGCAAAGAAGUACAGGGAUCCCAAGACGCAGCAGCACAUCCCCUACAGAGAGAACAAGGCGCUGACGGGCACCGCGCGGUAUGCCAGCGUCAACACGCACUUGGGCAUCGAGCAAAGUCGGCGAGAUGAUCUGGAAGCUGUUGGCUAUGUGCUGAUGUACUUCAGCCGCGGCAGCCUCCCCUGGCAGGGUUUGAAGGCGAACUCCAAGAAGGAGAAGUAUGAGAAGAUCAUGGAAAAGAAGAUGUCCACCCCCAUCGAGGUGCUGUGCAAGCACUUUCCAUGCGAGUUCGCCACGUACCUGAACUACUGCCGCAGCCUGCGAUUCGAAGAUCGGCCAGACUACGCCUACCUGCGUCGACUGUUGAAGGAUCUAUUCUUCAGGGAAGGCUACCAGUAUGACUUCGUCUUUGACUGGACCAUCCUGAACUACCAGUCAAAGGAGGGGGCAAGCAGCCGACGGCGCGAGGACGAGGUUGCCGAUGGGGACUGA